UUAUAUUCAUUUAAGAAGCGCACGUGUUGUUUGUUCCUUGUAUUUAUUUAGCCCCUAUUUUAAACCCCUUAUAAAAGAAGAGAAUGAAUUCCGAAGAGCAGGCGUUCUUAAAAUCGUUGCUUGCUAACAAGAUGUGCUCGCCCAUGAGGACAUCACGAGCCAAAAUACCGGAAUCCAAGAUGAUUUCGCCGUUGAUUAGACGGAACAUCUCCAUUUUUGACACAGUGAAUAAGAUAAACAAGUUCAAUUUAAACUCAACGAAACCGUCUGCUGAUGGGGAUCGGUUGACCGAAUUUGAAGUAUUGGACUUCCUCGGCAAGAUACCAAAUUAUGAGAGCUACGUCCUGAAAUGGUUCAAGCAAUUCAAAAGCGUCGACAGGAAUCUGAUGGCAGCUAUUAUGAAGAAAAUGACGACGAUGGACAUGAGCGAUCAUGAAUACUGCAAGGAACUGGACAAGCAGUUGGGGCUGUUUCUCGCUGGUGCCGCUACUCAGGGACUCUUAUCAUCAAUCGACACAAAUGAACGACACAUUAAGAUCACCGACGAUGACAGUGAUGAAUCCUGGUGCAAGAAUGUGUUCGAUUUGCAGUUUGAUAUAGAGGAGAGCAAGAGGCAAACGAAAAUGCUCACGACUAUGUUCAAUACUGAAACGGGCGAGGAUCAUUCGCUCAAGCGAAUCCUCGUCCGAAUCGGCAAUACCAAUAUAACUAUCAACGCUAAUAAGGUACCCUACGCGGUAGAGUAUCCUCCAACUGGAAUAGAUGAUAUGACAAAGCAGAAGAUGGGUUUCUUCCUAUCGCCCAUUUGCUUUCUACCAUUGGACCUGGUGAAUAAACUGAAGGGCAAGAAUAUGGCGUCCUUGAUGCGACGCAUGUUACGAACCACCAGAUGGUCUUUGAAUUACAUGGAGUUCGUAUCCAAGGAAGUAGAGAAGUUCGUAAUGGCUCAAUCGAAACCGUACUGAACGUAUGACCCGCAAUGACAAUAUCACAUUGUUUGUUAUAAAAAAUAAAUAAAUUUUAUUCCCAGGAUUA